AUGAUUAAUUUGGAAAAUUUUGAUCAAACAAAAUUCAAAAAUCCGAUUUUUGAUAGGUAUGAUAUCUGCAAUACAAAAGUCCACGAUCAAUUUAGGCUUGUCGAUUAAUUGGAAUACUUCCUUAAGAAUUAAUUUAGAUAACUUUAUAAGAAUUAAAAUAAAGACGACCAGAUUUGAAACUGGAAAAACAAGAUUGGUAAAAAUUUUGGGAACAUUAAGAAAUAAAAAGAUAAUAAAAAUUAGAAGCUUGUAUUGAGACAAGAUAAUAAAUUAUUUAAGCAAUUGGAAUGUAAGGAAAUGAAAAUGAAGAUUAAAACUUUAAGGAUUCGAGAAUGUCAGAAUAAUAAAGUAAUGCCAUAGAAAGAGAAAAAAAAGAAUUAGAAAAGAUGAAAUAGCGAUAAUAAAAAGAAAUAGAUUAAAUGUUGGAGUAUGAAAGAAGGAUGUAAGAAAUUAGAGAAAAAAAUGAAGAAAAAUAAAGAAAAUAAUUUGAGAAAUAAAUGAGAAGAGAAUAAGAAUUAUAAGAAAAAAGAAUGUAAUAAGAAUAAGAAAAAUAAAUGAGGGAAGAAGAGAAAAAAAGGAAAUAAUAAGAAGAAGAGAGAUAUUAAAAAUAAUUAGCAAAUGAACAUUUUAGAAGAGAAUAGGAAAGAGCAAAGAUAGAAUAUGAAAAAUCAGUUUAUUAAAAAAUGGAAGCUAAAAAGAAGGAAGAAGAGAGAAGAUUAAAAUAAAUGCAAUUUUAAUAAUAAACUUAAUAAAUUUAACAAUAAUAUGAAGAAGAAAUGUAAAAGAAAAGAAUUAUUAUGUAAUAAAAAGAGGCAGAACGAUUAUAAACUAUUGAAAUUUAGAGAUAAUAGAGAAUUUAAGAAUCUUAAUAAGCAUAAUAAGAAUUAGCUUUUAAAUUAGUUAAUGCUAGAGUUAAAUAGGAAGAAUAAUUAUCAAAUAUGAAGAAGGUAUAUAAUUUUAUUAUGAAUUAGUCAUUUGAUUUAAAAUAAUAAAAAAUUGAAUAGAGAAGAAGAGAAUUUGAAGAAAUGAAAAUGUAAAAAAUGUAUGAAAAUUAAAUGUAAGCUAUGUAACAUUAAGAAAAAAUUAAAGAAGUAAUGGAAAAAAAUUAAAUGCAAGAAGAAAAAAAGAAAUAUGAUUAUUUUAAUAAAUUAUAAGAGGUUGAAUAAAGAAAAGAAGAAUUAGAAAGAUUAAAAUAAGAAGAAUUAAUUUAGAGAAAAUAAUAAAUAUAUGAAAAAGAAUUGUAAAGAUAAUAAGUCUUAUAAAACAAUGAAAAAUAAUUAGAAUAAAAGACUAAUGAAUUUAUAAAGAAAUUUUAAGAAAAGGAAUAAUUAAUAUAUGAGGUAAGCAAUAAUUCAAUUAUUUAAGAAAUAAUUUGAAAAAUAAUAAAUAUUACAUGAGCAAAAAGUUAAAGAACUUUUGAAAGAAUAAGAUAAAAAGGAAACAUUAGAAAGAAUUAUGAGAUUGCAAGAAUAUGAAAAAGAAUUAUAAAGAUAAAAAUUAUAAGAUAAAAUGAGGAGAGCUGAAAUUUUAUCAAUAGAGAGAAAUUAAAUGUUAGAAUAAAGAAUGUUAAUUAAAAAAGAGAUUGGAUUCUAAAAAUAAGAAUUAAUGCAAAAAUUAGAAUUGGUUAAAUUAGGAAAGCUUGAUCCAUCAGUAUUAAAUCCUGAAGGAAAUAGUAUCCGUGUAUAAAAUAGUUUAUAAAACAGUUAUAAUAAUGUCAGACGUAUAAAUAAUUUUAAUAUAAAUAGCAUCAACUGCAAAAUAUUCAAAUACUUUAUCAAAUAAAGAAAUGAGACAUAAUAUAAGGCCAAAAUCAUAAUAAUAAAAAGUAUUAACGAAUUCUUCUAAUACUUAAUAUGUUUCUUAGAAUUAAGGAAAGUUUAGUUUGUCUAAAAAAAAUGAAAAUUUGUUAGAUUAAUUAAAAGUUAGAUAAAAUUAAGAAAUGAUUGAUGUAUAAUUUAAUUUAUAAUUAAUAGAUUUUAGAAGAAGAGUAAUAAUUAGAAUUUGAAAGGGAAUAAGCAAUGGCAAAUGCAAAAAAUCAAGAGGAAUAAAAAAGACUUGAAAAACUAUUUCAGAUUGAAAGAAAUAAAACAAAUUAAAGACUUGAUCAAAUUAAGAGGUAAUUAUUGUUAAUAAAUAAUUAGAGAGCAUUAAAGAUAAUUAGAAGAGUUAAGAAAUUAAGGCUGA